CACACCGGAGAGAAACCGUACAUGUGUUCACACUGUGAUAAGAGAUUCAGUCAGUUAAGUUCACUGAAAUCACAUGAGAAGAUUCACACUGGAGAGAAACCUUACAAGUGUUUGCAGUGUGGAAAGAGAUUCAGUCGGUCAGUAAGCUUGAAAAUUCAUGAGAAGGUUCACACUGGAGAAAAACCUCACAAGUGUUUGCAGUGUGGAAAGAGAUUUAGUUGGUUGGUAAGCUUGAAAUCGCAUGAGAAAGUUCACACUGGAGAAAAACCUCACAAAUGUUUACUCUGUGGAAAGAGAUUCAGAAAAUUAGGAAGCCUGAAAAUACACAAGAGGAUUCACACUGGAGAGAAACCGUUCAAGUGUUCACACUGCGACAAGAGAUUCAGUCACUUAGAAAGCCUGAAAUUACAUGAGAGGAUUCACACUGGAGAGAGACCUUACAUGUGUUUCCAGUGCAAGAAGACAUUUGGUAGGUUAGGACAACUGAAAAGACAUGAGAGGAUUCACACCGGAGAGAAACCGUACAAGUGCUCACACUGCGACAAGAGAUUCGGUCGAUCAGAAAACCUGAAAAAACACGAGAGGAUUCACACCGGAGAGAAACCUUACAUGUGUUUCCAGUGCAACAAGAGAUUCAGCCAGGCAUGGCAUCUGAAAAAACAUGAGGCGAUUCACACUGGAGAGAAACCUAACUAGUGUUCACAUUGCAACAAGAGCUUCAAUCAGUUACAAACUCUGCAAAAUGGAGAGAAAGCGUUCACAUGUGAUCAGCAUCUGAAGAGUUUCACCUCCACAACUUCAAACAUUGGGUUAAAUUAGGCUCUCCAGUCUCCGUGUUCAGUUCAUUUCUUCCACUGUAUCUGUUCACCUCCGGAAACGGAACCAACCCAUUCCAGAUCAAAUCGACAGAUUGGCUGGUUCUGCACACACCUCACAAAUUCAAAGUGACAACAUCCCAAACUUUAUUUGACAUUUUUUAAGAAGGAUCAGAGCUUAGGUCCUGCUCAGCUCAUAAAUUCCUCUCACAAAGAACAAACCACAACCAUGCAAGCAGAAACAGUUUCAAGACAUCUUCUAUCGAUGGGGGAAAACAUGUACAAGCUACACUACAAAAGCACAAAUGGCACCAUCUUUAAGCCAGGAGUACACACAGUGCGAUUUCUGCUGUUGAACAAGCUUAUAUAUGAUUUCUUACCACGGCAGAAGUCAUGGAUAUCAUUGACGCUCAUACGGUCAUGUCUCGUAAAGCAUGAAUGGAACUUUAGAGCAGAGCUGAACAGUUAAAAGUUUGGUUAUAUGAGCCGAUCCGUCAAUCUAUCUGGAGUUUAAUCACAUGUCAAAGAAGGAGGAGUUCCAGACACCCACACCAAUUAUGUGAUUGACAUGGACCAAUGGCAGCCCAAAUGUGUUUAGGAGCCAAAACAAUCUCGACCAAAAAGUUAUGAGCUGUUUCAAACUGGUGAAACCGUCUCAAAGCAAUUUCAUUAAGCAUGACAUCAUUUCAGUUCGUUCUUCCAUUUCCGUUUAAGCAAUUUCUUUUGCAGGCAAUACAACAAAUAUUAUUUAAUGUGUUCCUCAUGAUUUUUAGUGUUUUUAGGGAUUUUUUUUGGUUCUUGCAACACAUUUAAAAAAAAAAAGUUGGAACAGUAAAGCAUUUAUCAAUUUGUAAUGUUUCUAUUCCUUUUAACAACACUUAAAAUACAUUUAGGGACUGAAGACACCAAGUGAUGAAGUGUUUCAGCUGUAAUUUUGUCCUAUUUUUCCUGCAAACAAGUCUUAAGGUGGGCUACGGUACAGGGUCUUCAUUGUAACAUUUUGCUCUUCAAAAUGCGCCACACAUUCUCUAUUAGAAACUGGUCGGGACUGCAGGUAGGCCAGUCAAGUAUCUGAAACCUCUUCCUCUGCAGCCAAGACUUUGUAAUGUGGGCAGAAUGUAGUUCCCUGAAAAAGAAGGCAGCAUAUUGCUCCAAAAUCUCCAUGUACUUUUCAGCACUAAUGGUGCCAUCACAGAAGUGCAGGUUUCCUUUGCCAAGGGCACUGACAAAACCCCAUACAAUGACAGACCCUGGCUUUUGGACUUGCUGGUAACAGUCUGGAUGAUCAUUUUCUUCUUUGGGUCAGAGUCCACAGCAUACAUUUCUCCCAAAAAAAUACCUAAAAAUACUGAUUCUUCAGACCACAGUACAUGUUUCCACUGUGUGAUUGUGCAUCCCAGAUGCCUCCGAGCCAAGAGAAGUUGACUGCGCUUCUGGACACUGUUAACAUAGGGCUUCCUUUUGGCCCAGUACAGUUUUGACUGGCAUUUGUGCAUGUAACUACAUAUUGUGGUACUUGACAACGGUUUGCCGCAGUAGUCCUGAGUCCAUGUGGUGAUCUCGCUUAUAGAUGAAUGAGGAUUCUUGAUGCAGUGCAGCCUGAGGGAUCGAAGAUUGCAGUUGUUUAGCUCAGGCUUGCACCCUUUACGUACUGAAAUUCCUCCAGAUUUCUUAAAUCUUUUAAUGAUGUUCUGCACUGUUGAAGGUGAAAUAUCCAAAUUUCCUCUUCUCUUUCUUUUGAGGAACAUUGUUUUUUAACAUUUCAAUCAUUUUCUCAGGUAUUUGUUGUCAAACUGGUGAUCCUCUGUCCAUCUUUGCUCUUAAAGGACUAGACCUCUCUUGAAUGCCGUUUUUGUACCAAAUCACAAUUACAAUCACCUGUUGACAUCACCUAUUUUAAAUCACAUCAAUAUUUAACCAAUUUACCUGAUUACCAGCCCUAAGUUCCUCCUGUUCCAACUUUUUUUGAAAUGUGUUGCAAGAACCAAAAUUGUAAUAUGUGUUUAUGAAAAAGAAAUCAUGAAGAACACAUUAAAUUAUGUUUGUUGUAUUGCCUGCAAUGAAAUACAAGUCAACGUAAUUUUAGAAAUCGCAAAUUUUUUAUCUGCCUCACUAUACUGUCUCAACCUUUUCUGAUUUGGGGUUAUACAUAACAUGUCUUAGUCAUGUUUAGUGAGCUAAUUGCGUUUUCUAGUGGACAAUCAGAGCUCUUAUCUUACUAUUAUCGCUCUUAUUAUUUGAGCCCUUUAUUUAGAAAAGCUUUAAGGGCAUCAUACACAGGAUGCAUCGCUCGGCAACGAGUCAUGCAUUUGAAAAUUCUAAACAAAGGUUUCUAUCAGGGUACACACACCGGCGCCGCAAGUCAGCGGCUGUUUGCGGUGCCCAGCUUUGACUCGGGAGACUCUUUAUAUUACUGCCGCCCCAAAGAGCGCUAUCUGAUUUGUUUCAUUUUAAAUAGCGUGCAAAUUUGCGCGUCUGGUGUGCGAUACUUCUAACUGUCAUGUGCGGACCGUGUCGUGACGCAUCCGAUGUGCGACCUGCAUUAGGGGCUGUUCACAUAUCUUUGCAUACGCAAGUUCGUUAUUUCUAAUAGAGGUGUGCUGCUUGCAGAUUCCAGGCGCACCUAGUUAAAAGCAUCGCCACUUUUCAAAAUUCCAAUGGUGCACUGCAAGCCAUGUGACAAGAACGACCAAUCAGAUUCAUACUUUGAAUGCAAUAUACACAUUUCAAUAGAUUAAUUACCUCAGUCAAACACAGAAAAUCCAAACAUCACAGUGCUUUUACAUUUUCUCCAUGAAUAAAUCUUGUUUUAUAAUCCUCUGAGAUAACGGUUGAUGGUCGCAAAUCGCUUUUCACACGCUUUUAGAUGUGAUAUGUGAGCGGCCCCUUGGCCUUUUUUCUUUAUUUUUAUUUUUAGGAGUGAUCAAUUAUAUAAAAUUAAGAGAUUUAAAUGUCAUGUUAUGCUUAUCUUUUGCUUUAUUAUUAUUUAGUGAAAUAUUUAAUCCUGGUGCAUUUGUGAGAGUUUUCUACAGUGUAAUGGAUUAAUUUUAUCAGUUAUCAAUGAAUGGUAAAAUUUAGGAAAUUGUGGAGCAGGAAAUUAUAUUACUAUUACUUUUCUCUACUUAUGAAACUUUGUGCGUGCCUUUUUAUACAGAAUUGCUUUGUAGCACAAGUUUAUUAUAGUAGCUCCAUAUUCUGUUGUAAAUGUGUUUUUCAAUUUGGCUUGUGUGGAAAUUACUGCUGUUAACCAACCUAAACGUAACCUCAUUUCUAUCAUUGGUAGAAUAAAUUUGGUACUAAAUGUUUGCUAUUUUAGGUUUGUUAGAAUUACCUAAAUGAUUUGCUAAAUGUCAGAAUAAUGAGAGAAUUUUAUUAGUUCCUAGACAGUCGAAAGUUUAAACACAUUUCCUUGGUAUUUUUUUAGCUUUGCUAUAAAACUAUAUAACUUUGGUCAAAUGUUUUGGGUAUCCUUCCACAAGCUUCUUAAAAUAGUUUGAAGGAAUUUAGGCCCAUUCCUCCUGAAAAGAUUGAUGUAACUGAGUCAGAUUUGUAGUCUGUCUUGCUUGCACAAGCUUUUUCAACUGUCCCCCAAAUUUUCUAUAGGAUUGAGAUCAGGGCUUUGUGAUGGCCACUCCAAGACAUUCAGUCUGUUGUCCCCAAAGCACAUUUUAACUAAUUUAAGCACAAUUAGUAUGCUUAGGGUCAUGGUCUGUUUGGAAGAGCCAUUUGUGGCCAAGUUGUAAUUUCCUGGCUGAUGUCUUG